AAAGCUAAGGCGAAUAACAUAGACCGAAGUAUAAAUAAUCCUUGAUAUCAUAUGAAAGCUGAAUUUAAUAAUUGUAUUAUUAGUCAUCUUAACAAACUCUUUGUAGAUACGAUGUCACAAUUACAGUAUCGAGAAUUAUUUGCAGGUACCAUUGCCAACUUUUCACAGGCAUUAUGGGUGGUUUUCGCAUUUGUCUUAUGCAGCAAAAACGUUAAUGGAGGAAACAAUGGAUUAGCCCUCGAAGAUGAAGUUGUCUCAAUUUACAGCAAAAACUUCACAAAUAUUCCCAAGGACAGGGAGCCAUUUUAUGUAAAGGUUCAUCGAUGUGUACUCAACAUGAAAUACGACGGUUACAAUGUUCCAGGUCUCGAAUAUUAUCCCCAACCCACAAAAAUGAAAGAAAUUGAGAUUGUUGUGCCUGAUUUAAAAAACUACAAGAAGUUUUAUAAAUAUAUUGUCUACGAUCACAUUUCUUGUAACUGGAAGAAGUGGUUAGGCCAGCCAAUGAACUUUGAUUUACACAAGAACCUUACUUCAAACGAAAUUAACGAAACAGAAUUUAAAUCUAAGGUUAAAUACAAUCCACCAAACGUGAGAGGAUGUAAUGACUACUGCAAGAAUCAACAGCCACGUUUUUAUGUACACAGUGAACCCAUGGCAGUUAAUAUAGAUCAACUCUUCAUACCAUUCAAACAAUGCCUGCCUGGUUGCAAAGCAACAGAGAACAUUCUCAAUAUUAGAACGAAACUCAAAACUGGCUUCUAUACGCAUUUCAUUAUCAUAAAACAUACAUCUUGCAAUCCUUGGAGCCCAUCUACGCAAUCACAAGCCGAUAGCAAUUUACUUGCUGUUUUGAACACCUCGAAAUCACAAAGUUUCACUAAACAUCAAAGGGAGAGUGAUGAAGAUAUCAAACACAUUUUGUUAAAUAAAGGAUUGUUCCUCUACAUCACAUCACCCAAAAUGAUUUUUGCUGCUUUUGUUCUCACAAUUGUCCUUAUUUCAAUACUUAUUCUGGACUGCAGUCUGUGUUGUCGUAAAAAAGGAAUAAUGUAUUUGUUGUUGACUUGUGGGAAGAAAAAGGAGUGCAAAGAUUGCAUCAAAAGCAAGCAAACUAUGAUCGAAAUGAUUGUGUAGAUUGUUGCAAAGGAGAAAACAGAGAGAAAAAGAGAGCGCAGAGAUCCGGAUCAAGUCUUGGAUAUCAGGCUGGAGAGAAGAAGAUGAAUGCAAAAGAGUGAGAAGAAUGCAGAGUGUAACCGCAAGCGAAGACAUGACACAAACAAGAUGCCAAUAAGAGAAAAUAUGAAUUUAGAAUGUAUGAACUAUAUACAAAUACAACAAACUCUCUCCUUGCAGACAGCCCCGCUAUUAAAGAGUGUUUGUACAUCCCCCACGCCUAAAAGUAUUAUUAAAAGCACUGAAAUUACUCUCUAAAGUUCAGGCACUUCACAUAUUUCUUUUUAUUGUUCCUUUCUUGUAAGAUGGGAUUUUUUCUAGAAUAACACGAAAGUGAAUGAAAGUUUCAUGGUUUCUGUAA